AUGGCGAAGUCAAACGACGUCGAGUAUGAUGAUGAUGACGAUGAUGAUGAUGACGAUGAGGAUGAUGAUGAUGACGAUGACGAUGAAAAUGAUAGUGACAAUAACGAUGACGAUGAUGAUAAUGACGAUGACGAUGAUGAUGAAGAUGACGAUGACAAUGACGAUGAUGAUGACGAUGAUGAUGAAGAUGAUGAUGACGAUGAUGAUGACGAUGACAUUGAUGAUCACGACGAUGAUGAUGACUAUGAUGACGACGAUGACGAUGAUGAUGACGAUGACUGUGAUGAUGACGAUUGUGACGAUGACGAUGACGAUGAUGAUGACAAUGAUGAUGACAAUGACGAUGAUGAUGACGAUGAUGAAUACGAUGAUGAUGACGAUAACAUUGACGAUGAAAAUGACGAUGGUGAUGAUGAUCACGAUGACGAUAACGAUGAUGACGAUGACUAUGAUGAUGACGAUGACGAUGAUGAUGAUGAUGACGAUAAAUGA